GAGGAGGGAGGGAGAACAUAAUCGGUUAAAGAAGCAGAGAGAGAGAAAGCAACAGUUCAACCGCAGCUAACCAAACCAGUUUCUUGAAGAUAUCAACUUUAAUCUCACCAAACGUAGAAUUAACAAUUGUCCCAACAACAAAUCCCUUCCGCCGGAAAUCCCCAAUUUUAGCAUUAGCAAUGAAGCACUCCGCCGCCGCCGCUCGCCGGAACAACAACCUCUCAAUCUUCGUCGUCGUUCUCUCCGUAUUCCUCUUCGGUUGUUUCAUGUACAACGAGGACGUCAAAUCAAUCGCCGAAUUUCCUUUUUCCCGACCCAAGUCUCAAGAAAUUCAAGAAGAUAAUAAAGUGAGUCAGAGCCCUGCACCAAUUCAAGAACAGAGGAACGUUAGCGAUGAAUUGCCGGCGAUUCCGAGAACGAUCACGGAAACCCAAUUGGCGACGAGUUCUCAGGAAGAAGCCCAAGAGACGGCGGAAUCACCCAAGACGGACGAAGAAGAUGAAAAGAAGAAAAAUAUUGAAUUGCCGGUUGAUGAAGAAGACGAGGAGGAAAUCGAAACGCCGCCGGAAAGCUGCGAUCUUUUCACCGGCGAAUGGGUUUUUGAUAACAUAUCACACCCGAUUUAUAAAGAAGAUGAGUGCGAGUUUCUUACCGCUCAGGUCACAUGUAUGAGGAACGGGAGGAAAGAUUCAUCGUAUCAGAACUGGAAAUGGCAGCCAAGAGAUUGCAAUCUACCCAAGUUUAAAGCAAGAUUGCUUCUUGAGAAAUUAAGAAACAAGAGGCUGAUGUUUGUCGGAGAUUCAUUGAACCGGAAUCAAUGGGAAUCUAUGGUCUGUUUGGUUCAAUCUGUGGUUCCUCCGGGAAGAAAGAGCUUGACCAAAAAUGGUUCAUUCAAUAUCUUCAGAAUUGAGGACUAUAAUGCCACGGUUGAAUUUUAUUGGGCGCCUUUCUUGGUGGAGUCGAAUUCAGAUGAUCCGAACAUGCAUAGCAUAUUAAACCGUAUCAUCAUGCCUAGUGCCAUUAAGAAGCACGGUAGACAUUGGAAGGACGUGGAUUAUUUGGUAUUCAACACUUAUAUAUGGUGGAUGAACACGUUCUCUAUGAAAAUCUUACGAGGAUCGUUCGAUAAUGGAGCCACGGAGUACGAUGAGAUUGAAAGGCCGGUUGCUUAUAGGAGAGUCUUGAAGACAUGGUCCAAAUGGGUGAACAAGAACAUAAAUCCCAAUAAAACAACAGUCUUCUUCAGCAGCAUGUCUCCUCUUCAUAUCAAGAGCUUGGACUGGGACAACCCGGAUGGGAUAAAAUGCGCCCUUGAAACCAUGCCUAUUCUAAACCAAACGGUGCAUCCCCAAGUGGGGACGGACCGUAGGUUGUUUAUGAUUGCAGCCAACAUAACUCAAUCCAUGAAAGUCCCGGUUCAUUUCCUCAACAUAACUACACUUUCCGAGUUUCGAAAAGAUGCUCAUACAUCGGUUCACACCAUCCGACAAGGAAAAAUGUUGACAGAUGAACAAAAAUCUGACCCGGCUAGUUUUGCAGAUUGUAUCCAUUGGUGUCUACCGGGUCUACCCGAUACAUGGAACGAGUUUCUCUACACGCGUAUAAUCUCAGUUUCUUGACGCGUGUCGAGUUUUUGAAUUGUAUUCUUUUUUUUUUAAAUAUUUUAAUUUUUUGACAUUUUUUUGUUUCUAUAAAGCAUUGUGAAUUUUAUUUUCUUGAAAGAAUUUCAUGUAUUCUAAGUAGAGUUUUUAAUGUUGACAUGCUGACUUGGCGUAUAACAAACUGCAGCCACUUGUCAGCAUGUUAAUUACAAGUGGAAACAAAUUGUAAAAUGAGACAGGUUGAAAUUUAAGGAAAAUAAACAGAAUCAUUACUUGAAAGUCUUAA